GCCGAGGCGAUUGUCAUCUCGGACGAGGAGCCCGACGGCGCCCGACGCCCCUCGUCGGGACCCCCCCCGGCCCCCGCCCCAUCCCGGCCCGGGGGGUUCGGGGAGGGGGGUGCGGCGGCGCUGGGGGCGGUUCUGGGGGGGCCGCUGCGGGAGCCCCCCCUGUUCCUGGCGCCGCUGGAGCCCCGGGGGGGGUUCGGGCUGUUCGCCGAGGAGGCCCCGACGUGCCCCACGUGCGGGAAGACGUUCUCAUGCUCCUACACCCUGCGCAGACACGCCACCGUCCACACCCGAGAGCGGCCCUACGAGUGCCGCCACUGCCUGCGCUCCUACACCCAGUCCGGGGACCUGUACCGACACGUCCGCAAGGCCCACAGCCACGGCGGGGCCGCGCGCGCCCACCACGACCACCGGGACACCGCCCGCGAUGGGGACAACCCCACCUGAGCGGCACCGGCGGGACCCCCGUGACGGGACACUGGGA